AUUCGUAUAUGUAACUAAAAAGUAACUAUAGUCCGUAUUUUCGUUUACUUCUAUUAUAGGAAGGUGGUAUUCAUUUAAAUUAAAGUGUAAAUACGACUUAUUACUUACAUUCCCUAGGUUGGGAUAAUAGUCACUGCUCAAUUUUGACCUUUAUUUCACCUUGAGAAGGUCGAUCAGAUGACAAAUUAGUAAUAAUUUGACAUUCUGUCUACUGCAGCCGGUUGUAAUCUGGGAGGUGUAAUUCUAUAGAAGAUUUAAUUGAAAAUAAAUUACUGCUCCUCAAACUCAAACAUGCCCAUUAAGAGUAUCCUAGCCCGUCAGAUAUUCGACUCUCGUGGUAACCCCACUGUGGAAGUCGAUCUGGUUACUGAUUUGGGACUCUUCCGUGCUGCUGUCCCAUCUGGAGCCAGUACUGGUAUCUACGAAGCUCUUGAACUCCGUGACAACGUAAAAGGUGAAUACCAUGGAAAAGGUGUUAAGACUGCAAUUAACAAUAUAAAUACCAUAAUCGCUCCGGAACUCGUCAAAGCCGGUUUAGAAGUAACUGAUCAAACUGCAAUUGAUAAUUUCAUGUUGAAACUUGAUGGUACCGAAAAUAAAUCGAAAUUGGGAGCGAACGCUAUACUGGGUGUAUCUCUAGCUGUCGCCAAGGCCGGUGCUGCUAAAAAAGGUGUACCAUUGUAUAGACAUUUGGCUGAUUUGGCUGGAAAUAAAGAUAUUAUCUUACCUGUACCGGCUUUUAAUGUCAUUAACGGUGGAUCACAUGCUGGCAACAAAUUGGCUAUGCAGGAAUUCAUGAUCCUCCCAACAGGAGCCUGCAAUUUUACUGAAGCCAUGCGCAUGGGCAGCGAAGUUUACCAUCACCUUAAGAAAGUCAUCAAGGACAAAUUCGGUUUAGAUGCAACAGCUGUAGGUGAUGAAGGUGGUUUCGCGCCCAAUAUUCUCAAUAACAAAGACGGGCUUGAACUAAUCAAAGUUGCCAUUGAAAAAGCUGGAUACACAGGAAAGAUUGAAAUUGGUAUGGACGUAGCAGCCUCCGAAUUCUUCAAAGAAGGCAAAUAUGACUUGGACUUCAAAAACCCCAAUUCCGAUAAGAGCAAAUGGAUCACACCCGAUCAACUUCUCGAGCUUUACCAAGAGUUCAUCAAGGAUUAUCCAAUUGUAUCCAUCGAGGAUCCCUUCGAUCAAGAUGAUUGGCCAGCUUGGACGAAAAUUACUGGAGCCACUGGGAUCCAAAUAGUCGGUGACGAUUUAACUGUCACCAAUCCGAAACGUAUCCAAACCGCCGUUGAGAAGAAGGCCUGUAAUUGUUUACUCUUGAAGGUGAACCAAAUUGGUACAGUGACGGAAUCUAUUCAAGCCCAUAAUCUCGCCAAAGCUAACAAUUGGGGUACCAUGGUUUCCCAUAGGUCCGGUGAAACUGAAGAUACUUUCAUCGCUGAUCUUGUAGUUGGUCUUUCGACUGGACAAAUAAAAACAGGAGCUCCUUGUCGGUCAGAACGUUUAGCUAAAUACAACCAGAUCCUUCGUAUUGAGGAAGAAUUAGGUUCUGCCGCUAAGUAUGCGGGGAAAUCUUUCAGGAAGCCUCAUUAAAUCGAAAUUUUAAUGUCGAAGGGAUUAUCUGAAAUGUUGAAAAUGUAGUUGAAUAUAUUGUGAAGAGAAUGGAAUUUCUUUGUAAUCAAUUAAGUGGAAACAUUGGAACAUUAUCACUAAAAAAACUUUAGAUGUACUGAAGUAUUAAAUUUAUUUGGCGUCUAAAAUGUUUUUUUUUUAU